AUGGCAACAGAGUCUCCUGUUAGGUUAGUUGGUAGUGGAACAAAAAGGUGGCCUGCUGACAAGGAGCCCAUUAUAUUUGGCUCAUCAUCAAAUACCACAGGUUUGCAAGGAGUUGAGCUGCUCAUGAAGGAGCACAAGUUCAAUGGAAAUAGGAAAGAAUCAGUUCCUAAUAGGUGUGGAAGCGCACCGCCUAGCAUGGAGGGCUCUUUUGAAGCAAUACACAAUGUUUUGGGUCAGAAAAAUGCAAAUAUUGAGAAUCAAUUGGGAAGCAUCCCAAACGCGAUUGAAAGGCUUGAAUCUGAGGAGCAACUCCGUGCUGAUCCAGCUUACCUUGCUUAUUACCUCUCGAAUGUCAACUUGAAUCCUAGGCUUCCUCCCCCUCUUUUCUCCCGGGAGAAUCGGCAUUUGGCUCACCGCAUUGGCCGUCCAGCAGAUGCUGGGAGAUUGCUCUCCUUUGAUGACAGCAGUAAUGAAUCUGCUUUCAUGUCCAGAGCUUCAUUAUCCACUCAUGAAGAGGAACCUGAGGAUGAUAGAUCUCCAACACAGUCUUCUAGUAUCCGACCAGAGGAAAGAAGUAGUUUUUCUCCUGGGCAGGUCACUUCUUCCCUGGAAGCUCGCCAUAAAAGUCUUGUUGAUCUGAUACAGGUGACAAACCUCUUCAUCAUUUCAUAAUUCAGAGUUUAGACCUUUUUACUGCAAAUACUUCUGUGAUGAAUCUUUGAGGAUACCUGAUGUUUUUUCGUCAGAAUAUUUUUUCUAAUGCUGCAGCUGUUCUCAUCACAUAUUUUAUGAAUGUAUUGGGUUUUUCUCUGAUCAUGUGGCAUGAGAGAUAUAGAUGGAGAGGGGUAGAAUUAGUUUUAAUUAUGCACGGAAAUAGUUAUCUCGUAAAGCCCAUUCUUCCUUCAGUUUACUGUUCAUUUAUUUUUUGCAACAUUUUUUACUUUAUUUGUCUUCUCUUUUCGGCGAAUUAUUUCUUGGAUUGUGAGACCUAUAUAUAUUUUUUAAUGAUUUUCUUUCAGGAGGAUUUUCCUCGGACUCCAUCUCCUAUUUAUAAUAACAAGCCUUCUUCUUCAAAUCAUGUUCUGACAGAAGAGGCAAUUGAAUCAGACAUUCUUGUCGAACCUCUACAUGAUUCCUCUGUUACCAGUGCAGUGCAGUUGUCAGGCACUUCUACUCCAGGUAUCCACACUGUUAGAUCAGUGGCUGGUAGUGACAUUACAGCAGCUCCGUGGAACAAGUUGGGUCUUCCUCAGAGUUCAUCAUCCACAGAGAGAAUUGUGAAUUCUCGUUCUGGACUGAAAGGAGAAUCAAGCAGCAGCGAUGGCCGUUUUGACAGUGAAGUCUUUGUCGCUGACAUUGUUGGUUCAACCAUAUCUGACGUUGAAUCUGAAAUGAAAAGCUUUAGCAUAUCUAAUGAGCACAUAAAUCAACCUGCAAGGCAACGUUCUCUGCAAAAUAAUUCUCACACAAGAGGUGCUGUUUCUCAUGUACAUGGUUCUCAGUCACAGGUAUACUCACAAGGAAUUCGGCAUGCUCACAAUGUCAUGGAAAGUGCUUCUCAUGGCCACCCGAAGCCACCUCCACUCGAAGUGCCAGUAUUGCAGACCUCUGGGGUCUCACCAACACUAUAUGGACCCACUGCAUAUGUUAACUCGGGAAAUCCAUUUCUCCCAAACUUGCAGUCUUCAAACUUAUUUGCUCCACAAUACAAUAUUGGUGGAUAUGCUCUAAAUACGUCGAUUAUGCCUCCAUUUAUAACGGGGUAUACACCUCAUGGUGCAUUCCCUGUUGCGUUUGAUAACCCCAGCAUUCCAAACCUCAAUGUCAGGACCACUGGGAUUACGACUGGUGGUGGUGCAACACCUGGUGUCGACCUUCAACAAUUGUACAAGUUUUAUGGGCAAGCAAUUCAACCAUCUUUUGGUGAUCCUCUGUAUAUGCAAUACUUUCAACAUCCACAAUUGGAUGCAUAUAGUGGUCGAGGUCAAUUUGAUACUGUUGCUUCUAGGGGUCCUGCUAUGGGAAACCAGUUAGAUAGGUACAACGAAACAAAAGGUUCUGUGCACUCACCUGAUCAGAGGACACAGUAUCUGAGAAGUGGAGCUAUCAGUAUCCCAAGCCCACGAAUGGGAGGUGCUGCCAGUCCGAAUUAUUAUGGAAGCCCCCAGGGCAUGGGCGUCAUGAUGCUGUAUGGUACAUCUCCUGUUGGUAGCCCUGUGAUGCCUGAAUCACCGGCAGCUGCGACAGGCCUUCUAGUGAGAAGAAAUGACGCGAGGAUGCCUGCCAAUUCCAGUAAAAAUGUUGGAGUCUAUUCUGGAUGGCAGGGACAAAGAGGACGUGAAAAGGUUGAUGAGCCAAAACCUUAUUCCUUUCUUGAAGAGUUGAAAUCGAGCAAGGCCCGCAGAUUUGAAUUAUCUGAUAUUUCUGGGCACAUUGUUGAGUUCAGGCAAGUUGUAAUGUAACAAAUUUAUUUAUGUUACGUGACUUCUCAUUGUUAUUAUUUUAAUCCUAUUUCUAAAUAUCUGUCUUCAUGUUUUUACCAGUGCUGAUCAGCAUGGAAGUCGGUUUAUUCAGCAAAAGCUAGAAAGUUGUUGUGCAGAAGAGAAAGCAGCUGUUUUUGAAGAAGUCCUUCCACAUGCAUCAACUUUAAUGACUGAUGUUUUUGGGAACUAUGUUAUUCAAAAGGUAUGACUGUGUUUAAUCCCCAAGGGAAAGAAAACUAUCCAUUGCUAGUUCAUUGCAUAGCAACGUUGUUAGUAGUUUUAUGGGUGAUUUAUAUUAAGUUGAUUGUGUUCCAAUUUAGAAUAUCCAGCACAAUUAAUUGAAAUGAGCUUUCUUGUGUCUUUUUCCUUAGUUUUUUGAGCAUGGGAGUGCUGAGCAAAGAAGACAACUUGCAAAUCAGCUUACUGGCCAUAUUUUGCCUUUAAGCCUUCAGAUGUAUGGAUGUCGAGUAAUUCAAAAGGUACUUGCCUCUUCAGCUGUUGUUCGUUUUCUUGACACGAUUAUUUGAUUGGUGCCACUAAAAGAUUCUGCAUAAUGUUUGCUCAUGUAUCAACUACAGUUGUUUCAAUGGAUCUCAUGGUUUUUCCUGAUUGUUUACUUUACCUUCAUAUCUAAUUGUUGAUAUAUUUAUGAGAUUGCCAUAAAAGCCGAUGCGAUGUUGAAAAUUGGCUCAUGGAAAUCAAACGUCCACUAGAAUUUUACAGAUGAGGCUUCAUCUCGGUGCUUUUCAUCAAAACACUGAGCAGUUCUGUCAGUGUCAUAUUUACAUCUUUCAGCUGAAUUUCUCGUCAUCCAAGUGCGAUUCAUCUAUUUGAAAUUUGGUGCAGGCUCUUGAGGUUAUUGAAAUUGAUCAGAAAAUACAGCUUGUUCAAGAACUUGAUGGGCAUGUCAUGCGCUGUGUGCGUGAUCAGAAUGGAAACCAUGUAAUCCAGAAAUGCAUUGAGUGCGUGCCUACGGAAAAAAAUGGAUUUAUAAUUUCUGCUUUCCGUGAUCAAGUUGCUACACUGUCCACUCAUCCCUAUGGUUGCCGUGUUAUCCAGGUAAGAUUUGGAUUAUUAUCCUUUUUAUUUAAUUUUACUUGUAGCCUGACCCAUUAUCUUUUUGCAUCUUUUUUGUGUAGAGAGUUCUGGAGCAUUGCUCUGAUGAAUUACAAAGUCAAUGCAUAGUUAAUGAAAUACUGCAGUCUGUUUGUAUUUUGGCGCAGGACCAGUAUGGCAAUUAUGUAACACAGGUGAUGUAUUUUUUUACCCAACCACUGCUCUAUCGUAUUGCUUAUCUUUCAUUUGCUUUCUUUUUCCGUGAUACCACGUAACAAAUUCAGACCCUUUGGAGUGUAGUUAUUAAAAAUAUUCUUGAUUGAUAUGAAAAAAAGAGGUUCAUCGUGCAUCUCUUUCUAUUGCAUAGUGUAUUCUAAGUGGUUGCCUAUUUUUUGACGGCAGUUCAUGCUGGGAGGGUUCCUUAAUGCUUAAUGCAUGUAUAUAUAGACAUAUUUUGGUACCUUUAUGAAUUCUGUUCAGUAUAUUGCUUCAUGCAUGUCCCGUUAUAGGUAUCAAAUCUUGUUUUGAUGUGGGCUUCAAUGGCUACUCUGGCGCAAAAUGACUUUCAUUUACUUGCUGUUUUAACGCAAGGGGUUUUCAUUUCCAAAUAUCUCAGACCUCUGGUAUUUCAUCGUGGGAAUUUAAUCCUUAAACUUUGAGGAUCCACAAUCCUUGGACUUUCUCAUUUAAGUUCUUGCAGUCCACGAUGGCAGACAUAGAUAACCUGGUCACUCCUUUCCUUUCAACAUCUCUACCUCAUUAAUAUGGAAUAAUGAGAGCAGCCCAUCUAAGUGACUGUUUAUGUGGUUGUUGACGAAAUAGGGGCAUAUUGACUGCCUUCAUUGUGUGAGUUUGUUUUCUUUUUUCCACAUCCUUUUCCUGCACUAGUAUGCUCAUUAACGUUUACAGCUUUUUGGUUUAUUUACUCAUUAAUUCUUAGUUUCUCUUGAAGAGAAAUUCUGACAUGACGACUGUUUGCAGCACGUUUUGGAGAGGGGAAAGCAACGGGAAAGGGCCCAAAUCAUUAGAAAAUUAGCUGGACAGAUCGUUCAAAUGAGUCAGAAUAAGUAUGCUUCAAACGUUAUUGAGAAGUGCUUGGAGUAUGGAGAUAAUUCAGACAAAGAAGUAUUAAUCCAGGAAAUUAUUGGACAAUCAGAGGGGAAUGAUAAUCUACUGGUAUACCUUCUAAGGGGAUUUUUCUUUGAAUUCUGCCACUCAUCUUAACGGAUUGUCUUCUUCUGCGGUGUUUUUUAGUUUAGUUUUCUUAUCCAGCGAAUAUGUUGAGCAUCCUUUCUGGACAGUUUGAUUUCAUCAGAAUAAUAAAACCUAGGAAAUUUUUAUUUGUAUGCAGGCAGCUAUGUAUUUUAUGUAAUGUUUAUCUCAUAUGUUUUGUCAAUAACGCUUCUGAUGGGUAUCACAUCUAUUCACCUCUCUCCAUUUUUAAUUAUUUCUUUUCCUGUGAAAUAUACUCUUAUAAAAUUCCCAUCACGAAUUUGGUCAAGAUCAGGAUUCGAUUAACACAUAUGCUCUGGUUUGCAUCACUUUUCGCAUUUAAGAACACCCUUUAAUCGAAAAGAGUUUACUUGUAACCUACAUGACCUCUUCUUCAGAUCUGCUUUCUACGAUUGGUUUCCAUUAUAAGUGCUAAAUCAUGUGGAUUAGGUAGAGCAUAAGUUAGAUGGUCCCAGAUUAUCCUUCAGUAUCGUCCUCCACUUUUUCAUAGAGGGAAAUCGUCCCUCUUCUUAUUCGAGCUUUGGUCGGUGACAGAAGAGCUGUGAUUCAAUUCAAUGCCCUGUGGAAAGGGUUCAUCUGAGUUAGUUUUACCUAAUGCGUCCACAGAGUUAUACCGAAGAGUCAACCCCAUGAACGGGCGCUGCGUUAUCAUGCCAACUGGGAUUAGACUAACAAACUGCUAGACAUCGAUGGAAAGCAUUUUGGCGAUCUUGUGCAUGUAUCUGAUGACUGUUGUAAUAGAACAUAUUAUUAUUAUUAUUAUAUAAUUGAGGUAAUUUUCGUUUGCCCAGAUCCUUUUUCUAAUCUUCUUGUUAAUAUUUUAAUCCUAGAUAAUGAUGAAAGAUCAAUUUGCCAACUACGUCGUCCAGAAGAUCCUCGAAACCUGUUCCGAAAGGCAGCGAGAUAUAUUGCUCCGUCAGAUCAAGAUUCAUCUGCCUGCUCUGAAGAAGUACACAUAUGGAAAGCACAUCGUUGCUCGGGUCGAACAGUUAUCCGGCGAAGGUGGGUAUCUAAUCAUCUUUCAUGAUUCUUCUGCCCCAUCUCGAUCUCUGUCGUUGUAUGCUAAGUAAAUUCAUCCCCUGUAACCAUCUCAUUAUUAUUAUUAUUAUUAUUAUUAUUAUUAUUUGUUGGGCUAUUCAAAAUCUGCCCUUUUGAUCUGCGUAAACAGAUGGCUCUGAAGAGACAUGA